AUGAAGGAUAUCAGACUGAAACAUCUACAGUUAUGUAAAGCUUUGUCCAUUCUGGAGCAGGACACUAAAUACCUAAUAUCAGUCAACUUCAUCACCAAUAUCUUCCUCAUCUGUUUCAUUCUGUAUCAGAUAGUGGGCUCGAAUUCCUCAAUAUCUGCCCUAGGUUACGUCACAUUUUCCUUCUGGCUCAUUACUAAUUUCAGCUUCAUAACCUCGUUAUCAAUCACGGCGGCACAGGUCAACGAACAGGCACACUCCCCACUAGAGUAUAUAUUUGAUGUGGAGAUGGACCAGGUAUCUCGUAGUGAGGCAUUACAGUUGCAGCUGUUCCUAGCGAAACUGAACGGACCUGCUAUAGGGUUUACAGUGAUGGGGAUGGUUACCAUAACAAAAGAGCUCAUUCUGACACUGGCGGGACUUGUUCUGACUUAUUUCUUUUUGUUGCUCCAGUUUAACAUCUAAGCAUGUUAUAGAGACGUACAGCACCAACAUCGUGGUGCACAACAAUGUUUCCUUUGUCGCAAUGGUACUCCUUCACGUGACUAUAGUCUUUAUCGUGUAAAGGAAGAAGACACAGGUGAAUAUUACAUUAAACAUCAGUUCAUAUUUUGAAAUAUUCAAAUCUGUAUGGAGACUUGUUUGUGAUGAUAUUGGCCUAAGCGUUCAAACGUAUAAGAUGAAUUGGGAAAUUAAAAUCGAUCGAAAUAGAUUUUUUAGAAACCAAACGGAGAUGCAGUGACCCGUUAAUUUGAUAUUUUGGUGGUUUUCAUUCGUAGACGAUUUCAAAGCAACAUCAAGUACAUGUGUAUGUGUAAAAAGUGUAGAAAGCUGAACAACACAUUCCAUGGUGUUAUCUCCUAUGUAUACGUGUAUGUGUAGAAAGCUAACAACACAUCCCAUGGUGUUAUCUCCUAGGUAUAUGUGUAUGUGUAAAAAGUGAUACUUGUUUGUGACAAGGUUUAACAUUGACAGCCUAACAACAUAUCCCAUGGUGUAAGUCUGUUAUCUCCUAGUUAUAUGUGUAAAAAGUGAUACUUGUUUGUGAUAAGGUUUAACAUUGACAGCCUAACAACACAUCCCAUGGUGUUAUCUCCUAGGUAUAUGUGUAUGUGUAAAAAGUAAUACUUGUUUGUGACAAGGUUUAACAUUGACAGCCUAACAACACACCCCAUGGUGUAAGUCUGUUAUC